UUUAAUGAUGAUAAUUUUAUUCAAGAUACUACAGAAAUAGAAUAUGUAAAAAAUAAAAUCAUGAUACAACCCUUAACUGAAAAAAAGCAGUUGAAAAUUCUGCACAAUACUCUGAGAAUUGUUGAUGAAAAAAUCGAUAAUG